UCGCGAUCGGACGACGACUCCCUCCAUCCACCACCACAACGCAGCACGCCAACCCAUCUCCCCGCGCCCGCGGCAAAAUAAAAUCCCCGACCCCGACGCGCCACCCGCAAAUCUCGCUGCCUCUCCCUCCGUCUCCCGCCGCCGCCGCCUCGGCCGCUAGCUCGCCCGCUCGCGCGCCGCCCGAUCCGAUGGCAACCGCCGCCGCGGGGCCGUCGCCUCGCCGGCGGCUCGCCGCGGCGGUCGUCGCGGUCGCGCUCGCCCUGGCCCUCGCUCCGGCGGCCGCGAGGCCCGACAAGGAGAUGCGGGAGAAGUUCUACGGGACGCUCGUCACCAACGGCACGCACAACGCCUCCGGGGAUGGCAGCAUCGCCGAGAUGUUCGGCCGCGUGCUCGACAAGGAGUUCGCCGACAGCGACACGCCCGACGCUCCUGACAAGAGUAACUUCAACAACAGCGUAUCUGAUCAUCAAGCUGUUCUGGAGACAGUAGCUGUCAUUACACAUGACAAGAAGAAGAACGAUUCACAGAACACAAAUUCCCCAAAACCUUUCCAAAUAGGUGACAUGUUCGGAGGUCAGGACGAGACAUCUGAUGACUUGGAAACUGUGAUAGAUAAAGAGGAUAAUGUUUUUGUGAUGUCAAAUCGUAAAACAAAGUAUCCAACACUUCAAUUAGAUUUAAGGUUGAUUAAAGAUCUGGUGGUUAUAAUCGUUUCGGCUACCGGUGGCGGUAUCAUAUUCUCUUGUAUGGGGCAGCCGGUUAUUGUUGGCUACCUACUUGCUGGUUCUCUAGUUGGUCCUGGUGGUUUGAACUUUAUCAGUGAAAUGGUGCAGGUGGAAACUUUUGCUCAGUUUGGUGUAGUGUUUCUUCUUUUCGCUCUUGGUCUCGAGUUUUCACUGACUAAGUUGAAAGUGGUUGGUCCUGUUGCUGUACUUGGUGGUCUGCUUCAGAUUGCGUUGUUCAUGUUCUUGUGUGGCCUCACUGCGGCGUUGUGUGGUGCUAAGUCAUCUGAAGGAGUGUUUGUUGGAGCCUUCUUGUCCAUGUCAUCUACUGCAGUGGUUUCCAAGUUUUUAGUGGAAAAAGGCAGCACAAACACACUUCAUGGUCAAGUGACAAUUGGAACACUUAUACUUCAGGAUUGUGCAGUUGGCCUACUGUUUGCUCUCCUUCCUGUUCUUGGAGGUGCUAGUGGCAUUUUUGGAGGAGUGAUGUCAAUGGCAAAACUGUUGCUUGUGCUGUCCAUAUUUAUAGCUGUUACAUAUAUGAUGACAUGGUCAAUUGUUCCUCGAUUCUUAAAACUGAUGAUUCAGUUAUCUUCACAGACAAAUGAACUCUACCAGUUGGCCUCCGUUGCUUUCUGCUUGCUGCUAGCCUGGUGCAGUGAUUAUUUCGGAUUGAGUCUUGAACUGGGGUCAUUUCUUGCUGGCGUUAUGAUAUCCACCACAGAUUUUGCUCAUCAUACUUUGGAACAGGUGGAAGCCAUUCGCAAUUUGUUUGCAGCACUCUUCCUUGCAAGCAUUGGAAUGCUCAUACAUGUUAAGUUCUUGUGGAAUCAUGUUGACAUAUUACUUGCAGCUGUUAUACUGGUUAUAAUAGUAAAGAGUAUAGUCGUAACUGUUGUCGUAAAGGCAUUUGGAUACAGCAUCAGAACAGCUUUCGUUGUUGGGCUAUCCUUAGCUCAGAUAGGAGAGUUUGCUUUUGUGCUUUUGAGCCGUGCCUCACAUCUUCAUCUUGUUGGGGUGGAUUACUCUCCUUCCAUUUCAUGUGUUUCAAACAUACUUUCAUAUUUAGAACAAACUCCAGAUUGUCACACAUGUAUGAUGAAAACUUAUAACCUUAUUAUUAUUAUUUUGCAGGGGAAAAUGUAUCUGCUAUUACUGGGAACAACUGCCCUUAGCUUGGUAACAACUCCUCUCAUUUUCAAACUAAUUCCUGUGGUAAUGCACCUUGGCAUCCUUAUGCGUUGGUUCCCCACGGAAAAUAGUGUGCAAAAUGAGCUUCCUUUACAGGAGAAAGCCGUUAUGCUUGAAGCCCACAACCGAUCGCUCUAACAUUUUGCAUAGCUAAGACAAUUCUUUCAACUGACGGUGAUUUAUUUGUGCGUUGACUCUCUGCACAUGCCGUGGUAACAUUGGAGGAACAGUUACACCAAUCCCUUUUGUGGUGAUCUGGGAACACGAAGCGAUGGCCAAAAUUAACAGCUUGGCCACCCGUGGAGCUUCCGUAUAGCAUUCUUUUGGUUGGAAUUUUGGGUUGUACAUACUGUAUAUGUUGUCAAGGUAGCAUACACGGGCGUUUGUCCAUACGAGUAAGGCGCUGAUGGGGGCCUUGGUUUUGUAUCAUUCUUGCCACCUCAAUUUAGGAAGCUACUAGAUAGGGAUUUUGGUACCCUGUGCUCAAAUGUACUACUCUUUUUUUGUAAGAAGAUUAUGGAAAAGCUGUAUUUUUGUAGUAUGUAUUGCUCUGUUCUUGUCAA